AAGUAAACCAUUUGUAUUUGAAAGAGUCUAGAAAUUAAAAUUUAAAAUUUAAAAAAGGCCAACAUGAAAGAAAUUCACUCUCUCACCUUCUCAUCCACAUCAAGUUUUGGGAUGCCUAAAGCUAAACAAAAAAAACUCAAGGCUAUCACGGCUAUCACGGCUAUCACGCAUGGAGCAGCCCCUCCUCCUUACUAUGGUAAAGAAAGCCAUUCUUCCUCUGCAACCGCCAACAUUUACAUCAAACCACUUUUUGGCAACAAGCUGUGCAUCGUCUACAUUGCUACACUGACAGACAAUGGCAUGUUCAAACCGCCCGGGGAAGGAUGUGAUGAAAUUGGGCAACCAGGGUUUUCUCGGCAUGUCCACAAAUGCCAUGCGUGCCAUACGAUGAUUGAAGAAAUGUUGACGAAGAAAAAAAAAGGUCCAAAAAACGCCUCGUUUGCGUUACUGCCUGACCACCAGAGCCGGAACCACCAUUAUCUCGACUCGAACCCGAUCGUCAUAUCCACAAAACUCCUUAAUCCAACGUAUUCCAGCGAGGCAUCCUCUGUUCUACCAGAUCCCAGUGAGAUAUCCUCUCCUCCCCCAGAUCCUAGCAAGACAUCCUCUUCUCCUCCAGACCCAUUUUCUCCUCAGUUAGAUCACAUCACGGAAGCUGUCUCGCCAGAUCUCACCUCAGAAGAGCUACAGUUCACAGCCCAACCCUGGGCAAGUCGCUCUGUCACCCCCUGUUCGGAUGAGCUCCUGUCGCGAAAACAGAAGCGUAUAUUAGAUGGAAUGGACUUGGCACCCCGCGUGGCUCCACCAGGGCGUUCUGAAACCCCCAGCAAGUGUGGUAGUGAAACUGCAUCUCGUCUAAGAGCACUAGAAGAGGGUAUCUCUGAGAUGAAGAGCACCAUGGACAAAAUGCAAAGCGCCAUAUUAAGCGAACUAAAAAAAAUGACCGCACCUGAGGCCAAGCAUGGAUGAUUUUAGGAGAGUUCGACUAACUCGUUAGUUUUCUUUUUUUUUUUAUUAAUAAAAAAAAUCUGUGUUUUGCGGACAUGGAC